AUGGCCGCGCCCGGCCAGCCAUCCCCCCAGCAGAUGGCGGCCAUGCAACAGCAGUUCGCCGCCGAGGCCGCCAAACGAGGGAUGACGCCCGAGCAAUUCGCCCAGAAGCAGCGCGAACAGCUGACCGCCGACGCCGCUAAGCUUGGUCUCAGCCCCGAGGAAUAUGUCUCGCAGUUGCGGGCGCGAGCAAUGCAAGCACACCAGCAGCAGAUGGAGGCUCAGCAACAGGGCCAAACAUCAGCGCAGUCGGACGACGAGCAGUCGCAAGCGCCUGCGACCCAGCAGCAACAGCAGCAGCAAACACAUCAAGUGCCCGUCACCCCGGGCAGCCCACCGGAUCCCAAAGCGCUGGCCGUGGCCAACUUCCUGCGGUCGCAGAACCUGAAGCCGAGGACAUGUAUUAUGGACGGGCAGCGGAAGGACAUGUUCAAGGUCAAGCGAGCCAUUCGCGCGAUCGAAUCCCCCGCCUACGCCAAAGCCGCCGGCAAGAAGAACUCCCUCCUCCCGCCCGUGACCGACCGCGCUUCGGCCGAGAACGUAUUCAAGCUGCUCCCGCUGUCCCUGCUGGCGCUGCGCGUCACCAAGGUCGACCCGCAUGAGGGCCACAACCACGCCAAGCCCAAGAACCGCGUCAAGGGCCUGUGGACUGUCAAGAUCGAGCAGCACCAGGACACAGAACCCAUGAUGCACUACGUUUGGCUGUACGAGGGCCCGCAGUGGAAGCAGAAGGCCAUGGCGGCUGCCGUCGUCGCCGGUAUCUUCGCCGUGGUCCUCUUCCCGUUGUGGCCCAUGAUCCUGCGCCAGGGUGUCUGGUACCUGAGUGUAGGCAUGAUGGGGCUGCUGGGUCUCUUCUUCGCCAUGUCGAUCUUCCGUCUGAUUCUUUUCUGUGUCACUGUCUUCGUGGUGCCGCCCGGUCUCUGGCUGUACCCCAAUCUCUUCGAGGAUGUCGGGUUCUUUGAUAGCUUCAAGCCUCUGUGGGGCUGGCAAGAGACCAAGAAGAGCAAAAAAUCCAGCAAAAAAUCUAAAGUCUCCGAAUCUGCCCCAACCACAGACGCUGCGCCGUCAGCAACGACCACCUCCGCGGAACCCGCAUCCACCUCGUCCGCCGCACCCGUGAAACGAGAUUUGACGGCCCGCGUGGAAGAAGUGGAGGAGUAG